AUAAGUUCAACUAAGAGUUCAUCUAAGAAUUUUAGAGUUUGUAAGCAAAUACAUUAAAUAUGGAUAGAAGAAAGAAAAAGUUGUUCAAGCAGCCAAUUUGCUGAUAUAACCCAUGAAUCAUCAUAGCUUUUUUUUUUGUCUCCAUAUAUAUCCAUAAAUUUGCAGGUUUAGCUGCAUAUAUAAUCUCUUAAACUAAAUUUUUUUAACACUUAUUUAGCUACCCUAAAAUGGCAUCUCCUUGGUUACUUCUUGCAAUUUUAUUACUACUCCCUCUAUUUUUCAUUUUCUUGAGAAAAAAGCAAAAUUCUCAAACAAAAACCAAGAAUCACCCUCCUGGUCCUCCUCCUCUACCAUUUAUAGGCAAUUUACACCAACUUGGAGUACUGCCUCAUCAAUCUUUAUGCCAACUCUCCAAGAAAUACGGCCCUGUUAUGCUUAUAAAACUCGGCCGGGUUCCGACCGUUAUAAUCUCUUCAUCAGAAGCAGCAAAAGAUCUAUUCAAGAAUCACGAUCUCAGUAGCUGCAGCAGGCCGAGUUUAACCGGAACCGGAAAGUUAUCGUAUAAUUAUCUUGAUAUCGCUUUUACUCCUUAUGGUGAUUAUUGGAGAGAGAUGAGAAAAAUUUGUGUUCUUGAACUUUUUAGUGCUAAAAGAGUUCAAUCUUUUAAAUCCGUUAGAGAAGAAGAAGUUUCUUUAUUAAUCGAGUCGAUUUCGAGUUCGAUCUCAAGUUCGGGUUCUUGUUUUUCUCCUGUUGAUAUGAGUGAGAAGCUUUUGAUUCUUACUUGUAAUAUAACAUGUAGAGUAGCUUUUGGUACAAGUUUCCAAGAAAGUGGAUUAGGUCAAGAAAGAUUUCAAGAAGUGAUUCAUGAAGGUUUGGCUAUGUUGGGGAGUUUUUGUUUUGCUGAUUUGUUUCCUUAUUAUUUGGGUUGGAUUGGUGAUAAAAUUAGUGGUCUCCAUGGAAGACUUGAAAGAAAUUUUCAAGAAUUUGAUGGGUUUUAUCAGAAGAUUAUUGAUGAUCAUAUACAAAAAGAUGGAAGAAAAGAUCAAGAACAAGAAGAUAUUAUUGAUGUUUUGCUUGGAUUGGAAAAAUCUCAAAGGGAAAAUUUUGGAAGUGCUUUUCAAUUCUCCAAAGACCAUAUUAAAGCUAUUUUAAUGAAUAUUUUUCUAGCUGGAGUGGACACAGGAGCAAUAACUUUAGUAUGGGCAAUGGCAGAACUUAUCAGAAAUCCAAGAGUAAUGAAGAAAGCACAACAAGAAAUCAGAACCUCCAUUAAUAAAGACAAAACAAUAGUCUCUGAAACUGACAUUGAAAACCUUGAAUAUCUAAAAAUGGUGGUAAAAGAAACCCUAAGAUUACACCCACCAGGAACCCUAUUAAUUCCAAGAGAAACCAUGUCACAAUUUAGCCUCAACGGCCACGAAAUUUAUCCGAAAACUAGGAUUCAAGUGAACGUAUGGGCGAUCGGAAAAGAUCCGAAUAUAUGGAGAAACCCUAAUGAGUUUUGCCCAGAGAGAUUUUCAGCAAACCCUAAUUUUGAUUUUAAAGGAGAUAGUUAUGAAAUGUUGCCGUUUGGAGGUGGAAGAAGAGGGUGUCCUGGUAUUACUAUGGGACUGGCUACAGUGGAACUUGCUCUUGCAAAUUUAUUAUUUUGUUUUGAUUGGAAAUUGGGUGAUGGCAUGAAGAUUGAAGAUUUGAAUAUGGAGGAAGCACCUGGUCUUACUGUUUAUAAGAAAGAACCUUUAUUGCUUGUGCCAAUUAAAUAUCAAUUACCUGCAUGAAAAAUUUAUGAUACAUUUUGUGUUAUUAUAAAGUUAAAACUCUUGUAUUAUAAAAUAUAGUCAAUAAUUCAAGAGUCCAAUUGAUUUUUUUGUCA